AUGAAGAAAAAGAAGCUGCGACAAAUCGACUUCGCCAACGCUUUUGUUUACGCACCUGUCGACGCAGAGAUAUUCGUUGAGUUACCGCACGGUCCCGAUACGGAUUCCAACCACGUCUGUCAGCUGUUGAAGUCCCUGUACGGCAUCAAACAGGCCCCGAGACUGUGGCAGCAGUACCUGCACGCUAGACUCAUGCGCAUCGGAUUCCGCCAACUACCACACGAUCAAGGCAUGUACCGGCUUACGAAGGGCACCGACUACAUCCUACUGAUCGUCUACGUAGACGAUCUGCUCUACAUCGGCUCGACCGACGGCGUCACUGCCUGGUUCGAAGGGGAACUACUGAAAGAUCUCACUCUCACGGUCUCAUCAACCGUCACGCAAUACCUCGGUCUUAAUAUUCGAGAAGAAGAAGAGGCGAUCUACCUCAGCGCUGCUAAGUACGCCGGCACAAUCACCAAACGGUUCGGACUCACCCUGACCGCCAUCUCUACGCCAUACCGCUACACCAUCGCAAACCACAAAGAAGGCUCUACUCCGCUGAAGCCCGCCGACAUACGCGACUAUCAACGAAAACUGGGAUGCCUCCUAUUCGCAGCACUCACCUGCGGUCCGGAUCUAUCAUACUCUGCGAGUCAACUCGCCACCUACCUCAAGAAACCUGAAGCAGAACACAUGGCAGAGCUCGACCGCGCUCUUCACUACCUCGUCAGCACCCUGACAAUUGGCCUAACCUACCACAAGAACGCAACUACAACGCCUAAACUAAUCGGCUACGUCGACGCCGAUCACGCCGGCGACUCCGACAACAGGCGCUCGCGCACCGGCUACAUCUAUCGCUUCGAGCCUAUCGGACCUAUCUCGUGGCAGUCGAGCAAGCAGGAGUUAAUCGCCCUCUCCUCAGCUGAAGCAGAAUAUAUUGCACUCUGCUCAGCCACCAAGGAAGGAUUGUACCUUCGCAAAUUACUAGAAGAAGCGAAGCUGGCUCAGUUACCCAGCUUCUCCCUGUUCUGCGACAAUCAGUCGGCGAUUCGCAUAGCAAACAAGAGCGGAUUCGCGAACCGAACGAAACACAUCGCCUUGCGAUAUUUCUUCGUGAAGGACGAGAUCGAGAAGGGGAGACUCGAGCUGUCAUACUGCCCCACGUCCGAGAUGGCAGCCGAUUACUUGACCAAGAAGCUCGGAAAACAGAAGUUCGAAUACUGCAUGCUGCUAACUGGACAGAGCCACGUCACCAACAGCGACACUCCAGAAGCGAAGGGGAGUGUUGGAAACAAAUGA